AUGGCCACCACCGUCAGUUACAACAUACAGACCGAACCAGCGUCUAUCUACGGCGGUUCGUCGGUAUUCCAAGGCCAGUAUCCUAUGGCCGGUUCGUUGGCCCCUGCUCCCUUUGCCCCUAACCACUCUGGCAUGAAUCUGAAUGCGUCGUAUAUGCCCUCGGCAUCGUCCAACGUGUUGGCCGAUGCAGCCAUCCGGUCUCGGGGAGUGAAUCCGGAUGUGAGCACGGCCGUGUCCCACGUCUCGGGCGUCGUGCCCACCGGUCUCUUCACCUCCUACGUCCCGGCCAACAGCGUCACAGUCAAAGACACCGAUCACGUCCAUGGCUCCGCCAAGAAACCCGUUACCGUCUACUACACUGAUGAUCUCUAUCCCCCCUAUUACACCAAGGCCAAGAAAGUAAUUCCACAUCUUGGUCCCGUUCGUCCCACACACCCCGUUUGUGGUCUAGUACCCCUUGGUUCUGCUGAAACCCCCUGA